GGUGUGUGUGUGCGCGCUGUGUGAGCGUCUAUGUGUGUGUGUCUGGGGGAGCCGAGGGGGACGUGGGGGCGAAGCACAACCGGCCAUGGCAGCAGCGGAGGACGAGGACGGGGGCCCCGAAGGCCCAAACCGCGAGCGGGGCGGGGCGGGCGCGACCUUCGAAUGUAAUAUUUGUCUGGAGACCGCUCGCGAGGCUGUGGUCAGCGUGUGCGGACACCUGUACUGCUGGCCCUGUCUUCAUCAGUGGCUGGAGACGCGGCCAGACCGGCAAGAGUGCCCCGUGUGUAAAGCCGGCAUCAGCAGGGACACAGUCGUCCCUCUCUACGGCCGCGGCAGCCACAAGCCGCAGGACCCCAGACUGAAAACUCCACCGCGCCCUCAGGGCCAGCGACCCGCCCCGGAGAGCAGAGGGGGGUUCCAGCCGUUCGGGGACACCGGGGGCUUCCACUUCUCAUUUGGUGUCGGUGCUUUUCCCUUUGGCUUUUUCACCACCGUGUUCAAUGCCCACGAGCCUUUCCGGCGGGGAGCAGGUGUGGAUCUGGGACAGGGUCACCCCGUCUCCAGCUGGCAAGACUCCCUGUUCCUGUUUCUCGCCAUCUUCUUCUUUUUCUGGCUGCUCAGUAUUUGAGCUGUGUCUCCCCUGCCCACCUCCAGCUAGAGGAGAAUCAGUAUUGGGGUCCCUGCUGGCCCCGCCUUGCUUUUGGACCACCCCUCACUCCCAUGACCUAUGUCUGUUAGCUGAGGCCUCCCUCAGGGGGCAGUGGGAAGGAGUGACGAGUGAGCCUGGGUCGGGAGUGCCUGCGGCUCUGCCCUGCUGGCCUGGAGGCACAGCCAUCCCCGCCCUGAAGGGGGACACCCUGGAGACAGGGGCCCAGUUCUCCUUUGUCCCCCCCCCCAGACUUCUUGAUUGGAUGUUUAAAGGUGGGCUUUCCCCGACUCCUCCACUUGUUGAUUUAAUUUAAUUUUCCUCUCCCCACUGUCUGAUAUGAGUUCUGACUCUAAUUGUGUCCUUUCCGCCCCUGGCUACCUCCUUUAUUACAAAUUCAAUAAAAAAAAUGAAAUAUAUUGUU